AUGCGAAACUUUGAAAUAUCAGGUGACGAUAAACUCUCCCGUAGUAUAAAUGACAACUCCUGGUUAUUCAAACUUGUAAAUGCUAGUAUUCAAACAAUGUGGCCGCUGAUACUUUUUAUUAUAUUGAUAUUGAUAGGAUUAGCACUAUCUUAUGAUGAUUUCAUCGCCACACCCAGCGUAUUGGCUAAGAUACGCAGAUUCCGUGUUAAACCCGUGACACCAGAUGAGAUGGAUCCCCGGCACCUUGCAAAUGCCAGGAGACAAAAGGCCAAAGAGGUUUUGCGAUGGGAAGAUAUUGAAGUUGACUAG